CAAAUUUCUGCCCGGCGUGGCAGCAUGCGGGAGGAUCUGGGGCCACAGACUCUCCGAUCCCAGCCGCGGAUGAAGCGCAUAUCCCCGGUGGACAGACCAGCUGGAGUCAGUGCUUUACUUGCAUGUCUUUGUAGCUUGCCAGGCAGGAUAUAACAGCAGCACAUCCGGCUGCCCGGCGGCUUCCAUUUGCUUUAUAUUGUUUUUAAUACAGGUGGCAGUUGGUCAUAAGCUUAUAUUUAAAAUCAAAGUAUAAGCAGGUCACGAUGACAGAGGAAUUGGAGCGCAUUCUCACCCAGCUAACCCAGCCAGACAACGCCGUCAUUCAACAGGCCACGGCUCAGCUGAAGCUGGCUUUCAAAGACCCGGCGGUGAUUCCUGCUCUGUGCGCGGUCAUGACAGGCUCCCAGAACCCUCAGAUCCGCCAGUCAGCGGCUGUGAUGCUGAGGAUGAGGGUAGUGAAGUGCUGGAAGAAGAUCAGCCUGGAACACAGAGAGAGUUUGAAAGCUGUGGUCCUACAAGCCUUCCUGCAGGAGACCGAGCACACAGUGCGAUACUCGCUUUCCCAGCUCAGCGCAGUGCUAGUAAAGCAUGAGACUCCAGACCGCUGGCCUGCCCUGCUGACUCUACUCAACCAAUCCACCAAGAGCGACAAUCCACAUGACCGACAGGUUGGUUUACUACUCCUCAGCAAGGUGGUUGAUGCCAACCCAGAGUCCUUCAAGCCCUACUACCGUCAGCUGCUGGAGCUCUUCAGCACUGUUCUACAGGACCUGGGCAACCCCACUGCCCUGUACUACAGCAUCCGCACCCUCACCUCCAUCACUGCCUACACUGGCUCGGAGGAGAUGAAUUUGAUGCGCUCCCUCAUCCCAAAGCUAAUUGUCGCCAUCAAGCACCUCAUUAAGGCCGAUCAGGACCAGGCCAGCGAGGCGAUGGAGGUGUUUGAUGAGCUGAUGGAAAGCGAAGUGUCCAUCAUUGUCCCCCACAUCCCUGAAAUCGUCCAUUUCUGUCUGGAGAUCAGUGCAGACACCUCUCUCAGUGACUCUCUGCGAGUGAAGGCACUCUCCUGCAUUGCUGUCCUCAUCAGACUAAAGAGCAAGGUGGUUUUGAAGCAGAAGCUUUUAAGCCCUAUCCUGCAGACUGUGUUUCCUGUGCUGAGUGCAGCGCCCCCUCCUGGCCAGGAAGACCCAGAGGACCAGGAGCCAGACGAUGAAGAUGAAAGUGACAGUGAGAGCCCAAAACAUUUUGCUGCUCAGGUGAUCGACACCUUGGCUCUGCAUAUGCCUCCUGAGAAGCUCUUCCAGCAGCUGAUGCCACUGACACAUGCGUGUCUGGCCAGUGAGAACCCUUACGAGAGGAAGGGGGGGCUAAUGUGUUUAGCUGUGCUCGCUGAAGGCUGUGCAGACCACAUCCGCACAAAGUCGCUGUCCUCCAUGCUGCAGACGGUAUGUCGCAGUCUGUCAGACAGUAAUCAGGUGGUGCGCAGCGCUGGUCUCUUUGCCCUGGGGCAGUUCUCCGAGCACCUGCAGCCAGAGGUCAGUAAGUUCAGCAGUGAACUCAUGCCCUUGUUGCUUGGAUACCUGUCUGGGCUGAACCAGAACAAGACUGGACACGUCACAAAGGCCUUCUAUGCACUGGAGAACUUCCUGGAGAACCUGGAUGAAGAGAUCGAGCCGUACCUCCCCACCCUAAUGGAGAGCAUGCUGGCUGCUCUCGCAACCUCAGACAACCUGAAGAUCAAGGAACUGGCGGUCAGCGCCAUCGGAGCCAUCGCCAAUGCAGCGAAAGAGCUGCUGGUGCCGUACUUCCCCCCUGUGAUUGAGAGCCUGAAGGGCUUCCUGACGGACAUUCGUGAUGAAGUGCGAUCGCUCCAGACGCAGGCUUUAGACACGCUGUCGGUGCUGGCUCGUACUGUGGGGAAGGAAGCGUUUGCCCCUCUUGCAGCAGAAUGUGUGCAGCUUGGCCUUAACCUCACUGAUGCUGUGGAUGACCCGGACCUUCGCCGAUGCACGUACAGUCUGUUUUCUGCAGUGUCCACAGUCAGUCCAGAGUGUCUGACUCCCCACCUCUCUGCCAUCACCACCAUCAUGCUGCUGUCUCUCAGGUCCACGGAGGGGGUCACGACACACCUUGAAGAAGACAAGCAGUUUGUCCUGCUCGAUGAUGAUGAUGACGAAGAUGAUGAUGCAGUAGAUACGGCUUUAGAUGAAGAUGGAGAAAAGGAGACCGAUGCCAGAGACAUUGCUGGCUUCAGUGUGGAGAACGCCUACAUCGAUGAGAAGGAGGAUGCCUGUGAUGCAUUGGGAGAACUGGCUUUCAACACUGGUGUUGCCUUCCUGCCUUUCCUGGAGACCAGCUUCCAGCAGGUGUUUGAGCUGCGUGAUUUCCCCCAUGAGGAUGUGCGCAGAGCAUCGUUCGCUGCCAUGGGCCAGUUCUGCAGAGCUCAGCACAAAGUGUGGCAGGAGAGUCCUACAGAGGACAACUACCAGGCCCUCCAGAAGCUGCUUUCGGUGGUGCUGCCCAGCUUCCUGGAGGCAGUGAGGAAGGAGCGCGAGAGGCACGUGGUCAUGGCCGUGCUGGAGUCCAUGAACGCCCUCAUCAAGUCCUGCCAGGGGGAGGCGCUGCAGGCGCCCGGCAGGUUGGCGGAGAUCAGCCACGCCAUCCGCGACGUGCUGAAGAAGAAGACGGCGUGUCAGGAUGGAGGGGUUGAUGAAGGCGAUGAUGAUGAGCAGCAGGCGGAGUACGACGCCAUGCUGCAGGAGUUUGCAGGAGAAGGCAUUCCUGUGCUGGCAUCAGCUGUUCCUGCAGACACGUUCUACCCCUUCCUGAACGAGCUACUGCCCCUCAUCAUGAGCAAGGCUAAGUCCUCCUGCACCGUGGCUGACCGCUCCUUCUCUCUCGGCACGCUGGCGGAAAUCCUGCAGUCGCUCGGGGGCGUGUCCGGCGGCAAGUCGGUCGCCGGGCGGUUAUCCAACCGGUUGCUGCCGGUGCUGGUGGCCGGGGUGAGGGACAGCGACCCCGAGGUGCGCAAUAACAGCGUGUUUGGACUGGGAUCCCUGGCCCAGGCUGCUGGACCAAUCAUCACUCCAGACUAUCCUAUGAUGCUCUCCUUGUUCUCGUCGCUCAUCUCCAAAGAGUCAGACAGGAGGGUGAUUGACAAUGUGUGUGCUGCCCUGUGCAGAAUGAUCAUGAGCAACACGGAGUGUGUGCCACUGGAGCAGGUGUUCCCUGCGCUCCUCUCCCACCUCCCCCUCCAAGAGGACAUGGAGGAGAACAAGACUGUGUUCGACUGCCUGGCCUUCCUGUACUCAAACAAACCAGCAAUGGUUGUGAGCAACAUGAAGCCCAUAGUUUCUGUAUGCAGCCACCUCCUGGGGGCCAAAGACGUGGAUACAGAUACCCAGAAUACCAUGCUCCUGCUGCUAAGAGACAUUGCCCAGCAUCACUCUCAGGAAUUUCAAGGAGCAGUGAUGUCACUGCCAACAGAAAAGGGGGCAGUGCUCACGGCAGCUGUCACUCAAUCAUAGUCCCUCCUCUCACAACCCUUCUCCACUGAGAUAGCCAAUGGUAUUGAGGGGGAGUUUUGUUUUUUCCUCAUGGGCCGAAGGACAGGAGGACACAUCCACCACCAGUGACUUUUAAUAAACCACAAGCAUUUACACUUUAGCACUUACUGCAAACAUAAUACUGCAACUGGUUUUCUCCUAUAUAACUGUUAAGACUAGUUACUGUAUCUUUUUCAUAUAUUUUUUUUUCCUCCAACUUCUAUAUUAUUUCUAAUAAUAAUUCUUAAUACUGACCAUUUGCAGUGUUCUGUGUAACUGGUGUUGACCGGCUAAAGUAUAAACAAGGUGUGUAUUAAUACGGUUCAAGUUUGCGUCUCACUGACUGUGCACUUGGAGCUUUUGCAGUGACCGAGUCUCCAGGUUUGGGAGUGCCAGCGAGCUUCACUCAAAUGAAAUAAAGACAUUCGUGAGACUCUC